AACGUUUAGAAGGAAGGCAAAAAUAACGCCGUUUGUUAGUCCGAAAUGCCGGAUAUUUCCAUAGUCGUUGGAAGCUUUCUGGAUUGAACGGUGGCAAUGAUCCUUUUCUAACAUACCCAAAACAAGUGAAUGUUUUGGUUGAAGCGGAAGUUGACCGAUGUACUAUGAAACGGACAGUUUGAGCUGAUUCAAGCAUACGUUUUAAAACAGGACCAAAUUUAAGUGUGUCGUGAAAAUAUUAAACCAAAUAAAAUCCUCAGUAGCUAAUUAAUCCUGACGUGAACCCUUUGGGUUUACUUUUGUAAUUGUUAAUUUAAUGAAACAAUGUGAAUGUAAGGUUUGUGUAUAAUACCCAGUUUUGAUGCGCUGAGAAAAGAAAUGCAAAAAUCGGGUCUGUCCACACAGGAAAAUCAACCAAAUAUAUAUAAAAAAAAACUUAAUAAUAAUAAGGUCGUGUGAAUAAAAAUCAGUGAUUUAAUUAUGAUGACGGAUAUGAUCGACAAAGCCAACAUAAUACUGUCAUUAACAUUCUUUACAACAAUCUCACAAUCGUUCACCAAAGUCGACGCUUUGCCAUCAUUGAUGAAAGUUGGGGCAAUCUUCAGUGAAGAUCAGAGGAACAGUCCUAGUGAAUUAGCCUUCAAAUACGCCGUACAUAAUGUUAAUCGUGAUAAAAGCAUACUGCCAGAUACAACGCUUGUUUACAACGUACAAUAUGUUCCAAAAGAUGAUUCAUUUCAUGCUUCAAAAAAGGUUUGCGCCCAGGUAGAAUUAGGCGUCCAUGCGAUAUUUGGACCAUCGGAUCCUAUUUUAGGCGCACAUGUUCAUUCCAUAUGUGAUGCGCUUGAUAUUCCCCACUUAGAGGCACGAAUCGAUAUUGACAGCAAUAGUAAUGGUGUACGAGAUUUCUCAAUAAAUUUACAUCCUUCACAAAAUCUUGUAAAUAUGGCCAUACAGGAUGUUGUACAAUAUUUAAAUUGGACAAAAGUUGCAAUAUUGUUUGAAAAAAAUUAUGGAAUGAUAAAAUUACGUGACUUUGCAAGAACAUCAGGAUUAGAGGUCCAUGUUCGACAGAUAGAGGCUGGGACAUAUAUGAUGGUCCUGAAUGAGUUGAAAAACAAAGAAUUUCAUAACUUCAUAAUCGACACAAGAGCCGAUAAUAUUUCUCUACUUUUGAAAGGGAUCCUAGAACUACAGAUGAACGAGUACAAAUAUCAUUACCUCUUCACUUCAUUCGAUAUCGAAACCUUCGAUUUGGAGGAUUUCAAAUACAACUUUGUUAAUAUAACAGCAUUUCGUCUAGUCGACGCCAAUGAUGUUGGAGUUAGGGAAAUUCUCAAGGACAUGGAACAUUAUCAUCGAUCUCACAAAUAUGAUGAACAACAAGAUGACAGCGUAUUGCACAAAUUAAAAAUCAUCGAGACAGAAUCCGCUCUUUUAUACGAUUCGUUAUAUAUUUUUGCCAUUGGACUGCAAACACUGGAACAAUCUCAUACCCUCCGCAUUUCUAAUAUGUCCUGUGCAGAUGAACGUCCUUGGGUUGGUGGGCUGAGUUUAAUCAAUUAUAUCAAUGCGGUAGAAUGGAAAGGACUCUCGGGUCCGAUACAUUUUAAAGAAGGGCGACGGAUACAAUUCAAAUUGGAUUUAGUAAAAUUAAAACAACAUUCUAUUGUUAAAGUUGGUGAAUGGUCGCCCGAAACAAGAUUAAAUAUAACAGAUCGUUCCUUGUUUUUCGAUUCGGGAAUCAUGAAUGUAACCCUGGUAGUCAUAACAAUAUUGGAAACACCGUAUGUAAUGUUGAAAAAUGAGGACCCAUUUCCAGUACGAAAUGGUUCUGCUAUGCCGCGGACACCAUCGUCAACAUCAUCCAGUAGUGGAAAUCAUUCUAAUCAAAAUAAUAUUGGUUUCGAAGGAUUUUGUAUAGAUUUGCUAAAACUUAUUGCUAAAAUUGUUGGUUUUGAGUAUCGGCUUGAGCUCGUGCCAGAUGGUAAAUAUGGCGUUUUCGAUUACGACACAAAAGAGUGGAAUGGCAUUGUACGACAAUUAAUGGAUAAGAAAGCAGAUCUCGCAGUCGGAUCAAUGACUAUUAACUACGCCCGUGAAAGUGUUAUUGAUUUCACGAAACCUUUCAUGAAUUUAGGGAUCAGUAUUUUAUUUAAGGUUCCUACAACGCCACCAACAAGGCUUUUCUCUUUUAUGAACCCGCUAGCCGUAGAUAUAUGGCUCUAUGUUUUAGCCGCUUAUGUUCUGGUUUCCAUAACAAUGUAUACGGUGGCAAGAUUCUCUCCAUAUGAAUGGCACAACCCACAUCCUUGUAAUACGGAGAGUGAUAUAACUGAAAAUCAGUUCACUAUAGCCAAUAGUUUCUGGUUUACAAUUGGAACAUUGAUGCAACAAGGAUCGGAUUUGAAUCCGAAGGCUACAUCAACACGAAUAGUUAGUGCCAUUUGGUGGUUUUUUACAUUGAUUAUAAUUUCAUCAUAUACAGCAAAUUUAGCUGCAUUUUUAACUGUUGAACGUAUGAUUACGCCUAUUGAAAAUGCCGAGGAUUUAGCUGGUCAAACGGAAAUAUCCUAUGGCACGCUAGAGAGUGGAUCGACAAUGACUUUUUUUCGGGAUUCCAUGAUAGAAACGUAUAAGAAAAUGUGGCGCUUCAUGGAGAAUAAAAAGCCAACUGUGUUCACUAGUACGUACGAGGAAGGCAUCAAAAGGGUUUUAGAAGGGAAUUACGCAUUUCUAAUGGAAUCUACAAUGUUAGAUUAUAUUGUUCAACGUGACUGUAAUCUAACACAAAUCGGAGGUCUCCUAGAUACAAAGGGAUACGGUAUUGCAACACCUAUGGGAUCGCCAUGGCGUGAUAAAAUCUCUCUAGCCAUUUUAGAGCUACAAGAAAAAGGUGAAAUUCAAAUGCUCUAUGAUAAAUGGUGGAAAAAUGCUGGUGAGACAUGCAUAAGAAAGGAUAAGAGCAAGGAAUCAAAAGCAAAUGCUUUAGGUGUUGAUAACAUAGGCGGCGUUUUUGUGGUGCUUUUAUGCGGCUUAGCGAUUGCUGUUCUAGUUGCAAUAAUAGAGUUUUGUCACAAUGCACGCAAACAGACAUUUAUCACGACAGGAUUCCUUAUAAAAGGGCAACCUUCUUAUCAAGCACAUCAACAACAGUCACUCUACUCAGAAAUGACUGAGGAGCUUUGCUUUGCACUGAAAUGUUUAGGAUCUCGACAACGUCCAACACUGCGACGUCAGUGUUCAAAAUGUCUAACACCACCUCCCCCGCCACCUCCUCCGCCACCAUCAACACUCGGCAAAGUUCGAUCACAUUCUCAACAGCAAUAUCGCAGCAAAUCAUCCAAUGAUUUACAUUCCACGUCGUCAAGUCUUAACUUAACCCCAACAUCGGAAUCUCCUGCGCCAACUGAAGGACUAAUACGUUCUAGUAGUGCUGAAACGGCAAUUAGUUGCGUUGCUCGCAGCCGUGAGCCAAAUGAUGGUGUUAUUACUAGUCAAAAGCAUCCACACAAAUAUCAGCAACAAAAUCUGCGGACAAGCAAUCAUCCUUUUUCGCAUACGCAAUUAAAUCAAAAACAACAAAUCCAUUAUCACCUCUUGCAUCAUCAAUCACGUCACCAGUCGCAGUGCACUAACGACUAUGAGAUGAGAAAUUUGAAAAAUUCAAACCUUUCACAGUCUAUACCUAAAAACAUGCAUCAAAAAGAAUUUGAUACAUAACCUCUUCUCAUUGUAUUGUAUUUAACUAGAAGAAAUAAGGAAAAUGCCGUCAUCGCCUGAGCUACUUCCAUGGAAAUUAUAGUCAACUAAAUAGGCAAGGAGGUCCGGGAAAUCCUCAACAAGUCGCAUUGGAAUGCUGAAGAAGGAAAAUCAUCAAAGCAGGAUUAUCGUCCUGCCAAGUGUUCGUUUAUUUUGUAUCGGUUUUAGUUCUAACACGAUCAUUCAGUUUCCUACGUUGAAAUUGAAAAACGAUUUUUUUUAGCAAGUUUCCUUUUGAAAGUGUUAUAUGAAACUAUUUAUGUAUGCAUAUUUAUACAGUUUUAUGUGUGUACAUAAUUAUGUAGGUAAGCAAAUAAACAAAAAAUACAAAAA